GCGAUAACCACUGCGGCGGCGCUGCGCUCUUGGGCUGACUCUGCCUCUACUCUGCCUUCUCAUCUCUCGCGCGAGUCACGAUGUCUUUGAAGCCAUCAAACACGAUUUUGCCUGCGUCCUUGCUGGACACUGACUUGUACAAGUUGACGAUGCAGCAGGCAGUGUUGCAGCAUUUCGCAGACGUACAGGCCACUUAUCACUUCACGCACCGCGACAAGAAUGUCUACUUUACGCGAGAGUGCUUUGAACACUUCAAGCUUUCCGUGACUCACUUUGGAGAAUUGAGACUGACCGAUGCUGAGAAGGAGUGGCUCAAGGCCGCCUGCCCUUACUUCACCUCUGAAUAUCUGCAGUAUUUGUCAGAAUACCAGUUCAAGCCCGAUCAAGUUCAUGUGGAAUUCGUUUCUCGGCCUGAUGAUGACAAAUGGGGACGUCUCGAGAUUGAUGCCAUCGGCCCUUGGGCGGAAACCAUACUGUGGGAAGUACCGCUUAUGGCCUGCUUAAGCGAGAUAUACUUCCGGACGGUGGAUACUGACUGGAAUUAUGAUGGCCAGGAAGAGAACGCAUAUCACAAGGGAGAGACCUUGCUCAAAGCCGGAUGCGUAUUUAGCGAGUUUGGGACGAGACGGCGCCGGUCGUUCCACACUCACGAUCUUGUCAUGCAUGGAUUGGUUCGUGCAUCGAAGGACUAUCCUGACCAGGGGAGACUAACCGGGACAAGCAACGUCCAUCUAGCACGCUUGCAUAACGUUGCCCCAGUCGGAACUAUCGCGCAUGAAUGGUAUAUGGCCAUAGGAGCUCUCGAGGGCUAUGCGCACGCGAACGAUAUCGCUUUGAGGCUCUGGGAAGCUGUGUACCCGGAUCAGUUACACAUAGCUUUGACAGACACGUUCUCCACCGAAGCAUUCUACAAGGAUUUUGUCCGCAACCCCGACAUAGCUAGGAAGUGGACUGGCCUUCGCCAAGAUUCCGGCGAUCCUUUCGUAUACGCUCCUCGGGCCAAGCAGAUCUAUGAACAGCUCGGCAUUGACUAUCGCGAAAAGACAAUAGUUUUCUCCGAUGCUCUCAAUGUGGAGAAAGUCCUAAAAUUGAAAAAACAAUGUGAUGCCGUUGGCUUCAAAGCUUCCUUUGGCAUUGGUACAUCAUUUUCGAAUGACUUCAAGUCUUUAUCAAGUGGUGGUGCCAAAGUCAGCAAAGCAUUGAACAUGGUGAUCAAACUAGCAUCAGCAAAUGGAAAGCCUUGUGUAAAGAUCAGUGAUGAAUUGACCAAGAAUACUGGGGAUCCUGAGACUGUUCAGCUGGUGAAAACCAUAUUUGGUUUGUAGAUAAGAGUUCAUGUUUGCAGGUGCUUUCAUGUAGUCCUUUGUAAUUAGUUAAUCUUGUCUUUCAUCUCAACAAGCACUGAAUCUAUACAUGAGAAAGGCA